AUGCCUAUGAACAGCCAGUUUCCUCAAUCGGAAAAGUGGGACGAUACCACGAAGAAGGUCGUUGAGACAAUUAGGUCUCAUUUACAUCGAGAGCCACAACCGAAUCUUUCGACGAUCCAAAAAGAAAGUCGAAAAUCACGUCGCUCAAAGGGUCCUUUUCUCCAUUGUAAAGCGACAAUACCUGUACCCGCAGAAGAUGAUAUACGCCAAUUGUUCCUACAAGUCGUGGAUGAAAUCGAGAAAAUCGACUACCAACCACCAAACUACGCACCCGUUGACGUUGAAUGGACGAGCUUCACUGGAACCGGCAAGGGAACGAGCGAGUCCAAUUUCAAUACAGCAGAGGCAGAGGUAGAGAAAUAUGAAAAACUUGCUAAAGCGUCUGUGACGGACUUGGUCAUCUUACAUGUCCAUGGAGGAGCAUACUGUCAAGGAAGUCCCGAGACUUCCCGUUCAACGACAACACGACUAGCAAAAUUAACUCGAGGCCGAGUUUGUUCUGUGGAUGUGCGUCUAGCGCCUCAGAACAUGUUCCCUUCCGCUGAAAUCGAUGCCAUUUUAGCAUAUCUGUCGCUACUAUAUCCCCCAAACUCAUCAUUCCACACCCCCAUUCCACCAGAUAAGAUUGUCUUUACUGGUGACAGCUCUGGAGCGUCCGAACUUUACGCCGUACUUUGUUUUAUCCUUCAUAUUCAUCGCAAAAACGGUCCCUUAAGAACGUAUAAAUUCAAUGGCAAAGACGUUACUAUUCCUCUUCCUGCAGGAAUUGCUACAAUCGGCAUGAGUGGCGAUCAGAUCAGUUCCCUGCCAUCAUACAAAAAUAACAGCAAGCACGAUAUUUUUGUUGGAAUACCAUGGGAAUGGCCAGAUUACCCAUCGUGCGAUCUGUGGCCAGCCAAGCCACCACGGAUUAGCGUUUACUACGAAAACCUCUCGACCUGUCAUCCAUUGAUAAGCGCAACUCUCAUAAGCGAUUGGACUGGUGCGCCUCCAAUGUGGUUUGGCAUGGGAGAAGAGCUGGCAAUAGACAGUGCCAGGGUGAUGGCUCAGCGAGCUUCAGCCCAGGGAGUCACGGUAGUUUGGAAAGAGUUCGAAGCCAUGCCCCAUGGAUUUCUAAGUCUCCCAGUCCUUAGCUCCAUGAAACAAUCUGAAAUCUGCUUUCAAUCUUGGGCAGAUUUCUGCAUCGAGUGCGUACAGCGUCCAAAGUUAAUCGAGUCGUCGGCCUCUAUUGUGCGCUUCAAGGGGGCCAAGGAAGAAGAGAAAAAUCUGUACCAACAUGGGGAUUUGAGCUUUGAUCAAGCUGAGCAGUUGAUGAGAACAUCCAUGAUCAAGAAAGAUAAAUGGUUUCAAACCAUGCUCACGAGGAAAUCUAAAAUGUGA